CGGUUCCUGGGUCGGCCUCGCUCGGCGCUCGUUCGCUCGUCGUGUUGCCGCGUGAGCUGCCGCCGUGGUGCUAGAGAAGGAGGGAGGAGGAUGAUGAUGAUGAUGAUGAUGGCGGAGCUGGCGCAGGGACAGGCCUCAGUAGCAGCAGCGGCGGCGGCGGCGGCAGCGGCGGUUCAGCCCGGAAUGAAGACAGACGGCUUCGCCGACGCUUUGCACCGGGCGAGACAGAUUGCGGCUAAGAUGGGCGGAGACCCGAUGCCCCAUCUGAACCACUCUUCCCCUGUCGUCGACCCCUCCAUUUAUGGCUACGGAGGGCAGAAACGCUCCCUAGAUGAAGGAGUAGGGAACCAGCUUGGUGCGAUGGUACAUCCAAGGGCUAUAAUAACAGAAGACUUCAAAGUGCCUGAUAAGAUGGUGGGCUACAUUAUUGGCCGUGGUGGUGAGCAGAUCACUCGAAUCCAGUUGGAAUCUGGUUGCAAGAUCCAGAUUGCUGCAGACAGUGGAGGUAUGAUUGACCGGCCUUGCACCUUGACUGGGAGUCCAGAGAGCAUUGAGCAGGCGAAGCGUCUGCUCAGUCAGAUUGUGGAGCGAUGCCGGAACGGGAACGAAACCAGCCAGGACGUCUUGAUUCCCGCCAGCAAAGUGGGUCUCGUUAUCGGGAAAGGAGGAGACACAAUUAAACAGCUUCAGGAGAGGACAGGAGUGAAGAUGGUCAUGAUUCAGGAUGGUCCCAUGCCCACUGGAGCGGACAAGCCCUUGAGAAUCUCCGGAGAUCCGUAUAAAGUGCAGCAAGCACGAGAGCUGGUGGCAGAGAUCAUCCGGGAUAAGGACCAGGGAGACUUCAGGGCCGGACGACUGGGAGACUUCGGCUCAAGGCUGGGAGGAACCAGUCUGGAUGUGGCAGUGCCGAGGUUCGCUGUGGGUAUAGUCAUCGGCAGAAACGGAGAGAUGAUCAAGAAGAUCCAGAACGAUGCCGGUGUGAGGAUCCAGUUCAAACCUGAUGAUGGAAUCAGUCCCGAGCGGAUCGCUCAGGUAAUGGGACAGCCGGACCGAUGUCAGCACGCCGUUCACCUCAUCAACGAGCUGGUCCACACAGCACAGGAGAGGGAUGGGUUUGGAGGUGCUCUGGGUCCCCGUGGCCGGGGUAGAGGCCGCGCUGACUGGAACAUGGCUCCGGGAGGACUGCAGGAAGUGACCUACACGAUACCGGCAGACAAGUGUGGCCUUGUGAUUGGGAAAGGUGGAGAGACUAUUAAGAACAUCAACCAGCAGUCUGGAGCUCAUGUGGAGCUCCAGAGGAACCCUCCUCUCAACACCGACCCCAACGUGCGCAUCUUCUCCAUCAGAGGAACCCCGCAGCAGAUGGAGAUGGCCAGGCAAUUGAUUGAUGAGAAAAUUGGGGCUUCAGGGAUGGGCGGCAGCAGCAGCUUCGGCCUCAGCCCCUUCACCCAAGGACCGAGCAACCCGCACCAGAACGGACCGCAGACUUUCAUGACAGGAGGUUGGGGUACUACAUACCAGACAUGGCAGCCUCAGGGCCAGCAGGACCCCAGUCACAAUGGCUCGCAGACAGGACAGAUGGAUUAUUCCAAAGCGUGGGAGCAGUAUUAUAAGAAGCUAGGUCAGCAGAGCCAAGCACAGAACACUGGUCCCGACUACAGCAAAGCUUGGGAGGAGUAUUACAAGAAACAGGGUCAGGCCCCAGGUCCUGGCUCUCAGCAGAGCUCCACUCCUGACUACAGUGCUGCCUGGAUGGAGUAUUACAGACAGCAGGGGGCUUAUUAUGGGCAGGGGGCACAGCACUCGCAGGCUCCAGGCCUUCAGGUAUGGACAGAGACGCAGGAGGACACGGACACAUGAGUGGACAGAUAUGGCAUGCAUGCACAGGGGAAAUGAUCAUUAGAGCGGAUACCUUUUCGUUGAAGAUUUUUGAAUGAUUCAGAAGAUAAAACAAACCUUUUGUAACAGAGGUUUCUAGAUUUGCAACGCCUUGAAGACUUUUACUUUUUUUUUUCUUUUUUUUUUUUUUUCCUCUUCUUCUUCUUCUUCUUAGUGAGAAACACUAGCUGUAGAAUGACUUAUACAAUUAAAAAGUAAGAAAUAUUUCUAAAUCAGGAACGUUAAAAAAAAAAAAAUUGUUACUAAAUACUUGUGUACACCAUUAUUUGAAUGAACAAUAUCCGGGAUUCUUUUUUGGGCAAACAGAGCCGUUUUUUUUGUUCAUGAUUUUUGUUUUUUAAUUCAAGUGAAACGGCCAAAACGAAGCCCGGAAUUGUGACAUUUCAGCGAUCGCAAUAUAAUCUAUUUUUUCUAGUUCUGUUGCAAUAAAAAAAAAAAAAACUCGUAAUUGCUGGCUUAGCAGUCUUGAAUCCAUUUUUUUUGUUUUUCGUUCUUGUCGUGAGAUGUUUUAAGAAUGUGUACAAAAAAAUUUUUUUUCUUUCUUUUUUUUUCUUCCUUUUUACGUAAAGCAAUUUUAAUUCAGUGUGAUGAAAAAAAAACAAAAAAACUGUGAUAUUGUUUUUUGUUACAGGAAAAAUGUGUUCUUUUGUUACACAAUAUGAUGAGCGAUGAUGGCAAACAGGCGGUCGAUUCCUAAUUUAAUUCCUCUCGUGUUUUGGUUUUUUUUUUUUUUGUAUUCUGUUUUUCAUUGUCAUUUUAUUGUACUCUGGUUUAAAAAGAAAAAGGUGCAAUAUCUUAUUUCAUAUUUGAAACAAAGACGGAUUUCUAAUAUUUUCACAGAUGUUUAACGUGUAGUUCUGAGAUUUUAUUUUAUUUUAUUUUUUUUUUUUUAGGCGUAUGGAAAUGUCUAAUGGCUAAUUUUUUUAUUACCUUGAUCUGAUAUGGGAACGAGGGGAUGGGGAGGGGUUGGGGAUCUUUGCAUCUUUGCAUAUUGUGAGUUUAUUGCCUUUGCUAUCUUGUAAAACUAUGUAUGUACACUCAGAUACUUGACUAAAUACUUUAUUUAAAUAUAUAUGUAAUUAAAAAAAAUCAAAGAAGUUUUUUUUUUUCUAGCUCAUGGAGUCAUUUUGCAGGAAAACUCUCCCUCGUUUUUUUCCUGUCUCUGUUUUCAUCGUGAAAUAUUUUUUUUGUUUUUUUUUUUUUCCUUCGAAGAUGGUGAAUGUGUCGUUUUGAAAUUUGAUGUUGCAUCUUGAUGUUAUGGACAAGAAAAAAAAGAAAAUGAGAACUUGCUAGGUUUUUAUGUAUGUUCUGUACUUUAACCCAUUCAAGACUGCUAAGCCUCCAGAUCCUGUCUGUGUAUUAAUUGUAGUUUUUUAUAUUCUAAGUAUUAAAGAUCAAAGUCGUCUUAUUUGGUACCAGCCGACUCCCCGACCACACCCUUCCACCAGUACACACUGUGGACUCGUGUACAGUCCGAUGCUCUAAUAACUUUUUAAGUAAUUAUUAUUAUUAUUAUUAUUUUCCUCAUUUUUCUGCUCUGUGUGAUCUAAUAUAUGUAUGAAUGAUUAGUUAUGAAUCAAAGCUAGUAUUAACUUCAUCGCUUAAUGAAAAGGGAUAUUAUAAUUUGAGAUGUUUUUAAUUUUAGUGUUUUUUUUGUUUUGUUUUGUUUAUUUUAUUUUAUUUUAUUUUCCUUUUCCCUCAUGUGUACAGGUAACCGUGUAUUAAAAACAUCAAAAGACUA